AUUUGAUUUGAAAAAAGUUUUCGUUUAUGACAAAUAUAUGCAACUCUAAAACAAUGAAAAAAAGGGAAAAAGAUGAAAAACGAAAGAGAUUAAAACGACGUCGAAUGGCCAAUAGAGCCUAAAGAGGGACAGAUCCAACGGCCGGAAUUUUCCUAAAUCAUGGGCACUUCGCACUCCCUUCUGGCUUCCUCUCGCUCUUUCUCUUUCGCUCGAACUCAACUCACUGAGUUGAGUCGAGUAACCCCCUUUCUCUCUCUUUCCUCUCCCUCUUUCACCAAACCCUUAAGUUUCUUUCCACUUUCUUUCCUCUACCUCCUUGCCCCCCGCCCCUCUGGCCUUUUUCGUCUUUUCCCCUCCAAUCUCCAUCCGACGGCUCCCAUCCUUACACGUCACCACCGUCUUCUUCACUCCCUUCCCCCAUCUCCUGCCGUAUUUUAUUUAACUCCCUUUAGGGUUUCCCACAUUUUACCAAAUUGUCAAAUUUUUUACUCUCCUUAUUUUUUCUUCAAAUUAAAAAAAAAAAAGAAAAAAGAAGAAGAAAUCUCCAAAUCUUCAAUUCCUUGACUGUCAGUUUCGCCGCAGAUAUUCUUCCUUUCCUCUCGAAUGAGGGUUUUGAUGAAUUGGCUCUAUUCGGAAGCGGUGAAAACAGUUUUUUGAAAAUUUUGGUAGAAUUUUGGGUUAGAAUUGUUGUCUUUAGUUUGGUUGUUUUAUGUUAUGAUGGCGAUUGAGAAGAAUAGCUUCAAAGUUUCACGGUUUGAUGCGGAGUUUUCACCUGUUAGUAGAGAGAUGACUAUGUCAAGUGAUGAGGAUGAGCUUCAACAUCGAAGCUCAGCCGUUGAUUCUGAUCAUGAAUUUGAUGAUGCUGAUUCAGGAGCAGGUUCGGAUGACUUUGAUUUAUUGGAAUUAGGUGAAACCGGGGCUGAAUUUUGCCAAGUUGGGAACUUGACUUGUUCUGUUCCUUUCGAGUUAUAUGAUCUUCCUGGAUUGGAAGAUAUUUUGUCUCUUGAUGUGUGGAAUGAGUGUUUAAGUGAUGAAGAGAGGUUUAGCCUUGCUAAGUUUUUACCUGACAUGGAUCAGGACAUAUUUAUGAGGACUUUGAAUGACCUUCUUACAGGUAAUAAUUUUCAUUUUACGAGUCCUAUUAAGAAGUUGUUUGAUAUGUUGAAAGGAGGGUUGUGUGAGCCAAGAGUUGCACUUUAUCGGGAGGGUUUGGAUUUCUUUCAAAAGCGGCAGCAUUACCAUAAUUUGAGGAAGCAUCAGAAUAAUAUGGUUGUCAAUCUUUGUCAAAUCAGGGAUGCUUGGCUUAAUUGUAGGGGAUACAGUAUUGAGGAGCUGCUUAGUGUUUUGAAUAUUAUGAGAAGUCAAAAGAGUUUGAUGUAUGAAAAAUUGGAAGAUGAUGAUUCUGAAUCCUCCGAAAGAGAGGAUUUGGGUGAUGGGUGGUGGAGCAAAAGGGUUAAGGAACGGAGUGCUUUGCAGAAAAUGGGUGGUUACUCUGGCUAUGGGGUUGAUACGAAUUUAGAAUUCAUUUCACGAGGACGGCCAAUGACUUUGGAGCCACCAAAAUAUGGGAAGCAGAAUCCAAAAGGUAUACUUAAGACAGGUGGGUCAAAGUUUCCUUCUGCAAAAGAGUUUGACAGCCACUAUUACUCUGGUUUGGAUAUGAAUUCUAGGCCAUAUGGUUUGCCAAGAACUCUUCCUCGACAGAAAUAUGAGUCAGGGGCAGCACUCAGGGCAAGAGAUCAAAUGAGGUUAGAUGAUGAUGCUGAAGAUCCAAUGUUUGGAAUGGGUAUUCAACGAGACCAAAAUGUUGUGUGUAGCAUCAUGGGACAAUCUGGUUCACUGAGAGCAGGGAAGAAGGAUGACCUUUUAAGGGGGAAAAAAUUAGCUGGUGAUAUUUUCAUGGCUUUUCCUCUGUCUUCAAAGCAUAAUUUGCAGGUCUAUGGGAGGAAUAGGAAUGUGAAUCAGUUGUCCGAUGCAAAAGUGUAUAUUUCAAAGCCACCUAACUUGAGAGCAUCCUAUGAUAUUGCCAAAAAGUCCAAGUAUUCUGAAAACCAUCAGCAAUUUGCAGUUGGAGAUCAGAUAGAGUCUAUGAAUGGCCGAGCUCCACCACUGCCAUUGAAAGGGAGUCGAGUUGACUUAUCUGAACAUGCUGAAAUGUUUUGGCAAAAUAAGAACCAAGGAGAAUCAGUCAGAUCUGAUGAUUGGAAUAUAAGGAGCAAGAAACGGAAAACGGGGCGAGAGUCUCCUGAUCAUAGUUUUAAAUCAUAUAAAGCAUCUUCACCACUGAUGAGUGACCGAUUCUUGCAUUCUGACAGUAGAAUGAAACCAUCAGAGGAGAAGAUCAGAGGGAACUAUGUGCAAAAUGGAGGACCAGUUCUGGCCGUUUCAAAAGGUAGUAGCAUAUUUUUUAAAAAUGAAGAGACAGAAUCUGACUCAUCUGAGCAAUUCAGUGAUGAUGAGGAUAGCAAUCCUCUAAUGAGAAGCAAGUUAGCGUACCCCUGUGGUGUCGUAGAAGGUUCUCGGUUGUCUUCAUUGAAGUCUGGCCUAGAUUCUAAAAAGACCAAAUCUUUGAAGAAAGAUAGCAUAGAGGAUGGAUGGCCUCUUGACGGAGUCACUCACUUCUCCAAUAGGAGCUUUGCAGAAAAUGUCCAUGUGCCUGGAGUAGAAAGCUACUAUUUGAAAGGAAAACAGAAGGGUAAGAAGCAUGGAAACAGUCACUUGCGUAACUCUGCUUCUAGAGUUUUGGAUGAGGUUGGGAAACGAGUUUACAAGUUGGACAAGAAUGGCCUGUUACGAGGGGAACCUGGUGACAGGUUACAGAUGUCUGCAUCAAGGGCCUACCCUACUGAGAAAAGGCAGAAAGGUGAACUUGCCUGUGAUCAUUCUAUGUCUCAGUUAAAUUAUCUGCAUAAUUAUCUUGUUGAUGAGGAUGCUUCACCACUAUCAUUGGCAAAUGAAAAUAACCUAGGUAGAACUAGGAAGAAAGGCCAGAGCAUUGAAUCAUAUUAUGACCGUGAAAAAUCUGAAGCUUCAUUUCUAGGGUGCAAAACAGUGACAAAGAAGAGGAAGGGGAAGAAAUAUGUGGCAGAUGUUGAUAGAAGAGGUGAAGGUGGUAACCUGCAGUCUAACCUUCGGCAGCAAACUGAUGAUUCCCCUAUCUUGAAGAAAAAGGGAAAACAAAAAGCAGAGGUUGAUGCUGAUACGUCAGAUAUGGAAGCUUCUGAACCCCAUGGUGCAGAAGUAGGAGCCACAGAUAUGGAGAUGGAAAUCAAACCACAGAAAAAGCCGUUUACUUUGAUUACCCCUACAGUUCAUACUGGUUUCGCAUUCUCAAUUAUACAUCUUCUUUCUGCAGUUCGCAUGGCAAUGAUUACUCCACUUCCAGAAGAUUCCUUAGAGGUUGGCAAACCUAGAGAGGUGCAGAAUGGAAAACAGGAAGGUGCUGUGAAUGGGGUUUUUUCUCAUGACAAUGCAGAUAUCAAUAAUCUGGACCAUCCUAUGCAAACAAGUGUGCCUUUUCUUACUGUUCAUGAGAUUGUUAAUCGUGUGACAGUGAAUCCUGGAGAUCCAUGUGUCCUUGAGACACAAGAGCCGCUUCAAGAUUUAGUUCGGGGAGUUCUGAAAAUUUUCUCAUCAAAGACGGCACCUUUGGGAGCAAAAGGUUGGAAGGCACUUGUUGCCUAUGAAAAGUCCACAAAAAGUUGGUCUUGGGUUGGUCCUGUUACGCAUAGCUCAAAUGAUCAUGAGACUAUUGAGGAGGUGACAUCACCUGAAGCCUGGGGUCUUCCUCACAAAAUGCUUGUAAAGUUGGUUGAUUCAUUUGCAAAUUGGCUAAAAAAUGGUCAAGAGACGCUCAAACAAAUAGGGAGUCUUCCUGCACCACCGCUUGAACUGAUGCAAGUCAAUUUAGAUGAGAAAGAAAGGUUCAGAGACCUAAGAGCUCAGAAAAGCCUUAACACCAUUGGCCCAAGUUCUGAAGAAGUGAGGGCUUAUUUCCGUAGGGAGGAGCUUCUUAGGUAUUCUAUUCCUGACAGGGCGUUCUCUUACACAGCUGCUGAUGGCAAAAAAUCAAUAGUUGCUCCCUUGAGAAGGUGUGGAGGUAAGCCAACUUCAAAGGCUCGAGACCAUUUUAUGCUGAAACGUGAUCGGCCACCACAUGUUACGAUUCUUUGUCUUGUCAGAGAUGCUGCUGCCAGAUUGCCAGGAAGUAUUGGCACCCGUGCAGAUGUUUGUACUUUGUUAAGAGACUCUCAGUACAUCGUUGAAGACGUUUCUGAUACACAAGUUAACCAGGUUGUUAGUGGGGCCUUAGACCGAUUGCAUUAUGAACGUGAUCCUUGUGUACAAUUUGAUGGAGAGAGGAAAUUGUGGGUUUAUUUACAUAAAGAAAGAGAAGAAGAAGAUUUUGAGGAUGAUGGUACUUCUUCUACUAAGAAAUGGAAGAGGCAGAAAAAAGAUACAGCUGAGCAAUCUGAUCAAGGAGCUGUAACAGUUGCUUUUCACGGGACUGGGGAUCAGUCGGGAUUUGAUUUGGACUCUGAUCUUAAUGUUGAACUUUUGUGCGUUGAUGGUGAAAAAAAGAUGGAGUCAGAGUGUUGUGAUAGACAAAAUGUGGAGGAUAAUGCUGACACUAGUCAUGGAUCCGAGUAAGGUAAUACUCAGCAGGAUCAUCCAAUGACAUGGAAGCCUCUUGACCUAAAUCCUGCACAAGAGAGCAAAUUGCUAAGUGAAGAAAAUUCCACUAAUGAAGAUUUUGAUGAUGGAACUUUUGGGAGAGAAAGACCAGUUGGACUCCUGAGUGCAAGCUUAUUAUGAUCAAUAUUUCAGGUCGAAGUCCUUCUAGAUAGAAGGCGAAGUUGUCAUUCCGAUUCAAUUGUGUAUGUGUUAUACGGUGGAAGGUUACAUGUAUAGUGAUUCUAGCACAAACAAAGUAGAUUAGAAAGUGAUCUCCUGAGGCCCAAGAAUGAGUUUAGUACAGGUGGGAUACUUCAUGAUUCUGCGUCCCAUAAAUAUUUUUUGAUUUCUUAUUUUGAUAAUUUCAAAUAUAGUUUACAUGUUCACUGAGCUGAUAAUACAUGCAAAUUCGGCUUUGUAAUGUGCCACAUAAAUGCAUUACCAACCCUUUCUGUGCAUAUGAUUUCAACCAUUACGUGCUUAUGUUCAUUAACUUCAUAGCUGCUAUUUUACAUAUCUUCUAUGAGGUCAGGAUGGUGGAACCCUAUAACCAGUCUUUUGACACUUUCCUGCUUAUGCCGUGAUAGCUUUUGCUUUUAGUAAGUCCAAGAACAAAAGCUGCAAAUAAAGAAAAACUGUCAUAUCUUAAGGAUGAUUUUUAAAUGUACGAACCAAUUGUGUUAAAUUUGGGAUUUGUCAACGAGGGCUAGCAAAAGUGGUAAGGGGGUGAAUCCUUGGAUAAAUAAUUUAUAAGUCCGAAAAAUUUGAAGAUGAAAGUUUAAUGAAUUUGUAAAUACAAUUGUGGAUAAAUAAUUGAAUUG